GGACAAGGACACCCCAUAUCGCAAGCUCCAAGCGGCAAGGCAAAGGCAGCAAUGAGCAUUCCGAUUCCGGACUCCCUGUAGCUGCGUAACUCCGGCACUACGCCUCUACAGCCUCACUCGGCCUCUACAGCCAGUCAGCCAAGCGGGCAGCGGCCCAAGCGGCAAGGCUAAGGCAGCUUCACCGUCUAGGCGUCUACACUCCACUGCUCCAGGCUCCAGCCGACUGCAGACGGCAGACACAGCUCCACUCGCCACUCGGACCACUCGGCUUCUCCCUCUUCUCUAAUCUCUAGCCUCCAGCCACCAGGGCCCAGGUUGAAGCUAGGGCUUGCUACCUGCACCUUUCUACGGGUGACAUCAAAUCAAGGAAGACGUGGUUCGUGCUUCCUCAUUUCAUUUCAAAUUACCAAACACUGCUCAUGGAUAUUUUUAUUUGUCAUAAACUAUUCUUUUGGGGCUUGCAUGCCCAUGUUAUUGGCCGGUUGUGGCUUAUGACUACCGUUGAAUACUUCCGCUAUUCAUUGGUUUAAAUGUGAUGUUGUUAUGUAUGUUUACUGCUGAGUAUGGAUGGAUUAUUUCUCUCGAACGCCUUGUGUAAUCAAGUGAGGUUGACUCGCGGGUGACGUCACUUGAUUAUACGGCGGUUGUACACGCGCUUGGAUUGCGGUCUGGGGCGUGACAGUUCAAAAGGAUAUUUUGAACAUUAUGGGUAACAGAGUACGAAAAAUGAUUCGUGAAGAUGUCGGAAAUGGGUGCUUCUGUAUUCUUGUAGAUGAGGCAAGAGAUGCAUCUCAUCGAGAGCAAAUGACCAUCAUUCUGAGGUAUGUGAAUAGUUGUGGUGUAUUGACUGAGCGCUUUUUUGCCAUCAAAAGUGUUAUCAGUACGACGUCAUUGAACUUAAAGAACGAGAUAUCUGAUAUUCUUGUUAGAUUUGACCUUGACCUUAGCAAAUUGAGAGGUCAGGGAUAUGAUGGUGCUAAUAACAUGCGAGGGACAUGGAAUGGGCUUCAAGCAUUAUUUCUUAGGGAUUAUCCUUGUGCAUAUUAUGUUCACUGCUUUGCUCACAGGCUGCAACUUGUACUCGUGUACGCGGCCAAAGAUGUUAGCGUUAUUUGGGAGUUUUUUUCUCAAAGAAUAGAAGUUGAACGUAUGUUGGAAACAGGUGAGCGUGAAUCUGGAAGCGGAGCCAAUCAAAUUGGUAAUUUGCAACGUGCUGGAGCAACGCGUUGGAGUUCCCAUUAUGAUUCAAUUAAGAGUCUGAUUGACAUGUUCACAGCAACAUGCAAAGUGCUUGAGUAUCUGCAAGAACAUUGCCCAAAAGUGAGUUCUCGGGCAGAAGUUUGUGGUGUAUAUAGACACUUUGCAUGUUUUGAAUUUGUGUUCAGUUUACUUUUGAUGCAUAAAGUUAUGGGAAUAACGAGUAUUCUAUGUCAAGGGCUUCAAAAAAAAUCAUUGGAUAUCUUGCUAGUAGCUAUGAGAUAUGUUUCUACUACCCAACUCAUUCUCGGGGAAUUGAGAGAAAAUGGGUGGGAAGACUUUCUUGAAGAAGUAAAGGAGUUUUGCUCAAAACAUGAAAUUCAUGUACCGGAGUUGAAUUCUAAAUAUAUGGUAGGUCGUUGCCGCAAGCAAACUACAGUUGAGCAUCAUUAUCACUUUGAUGUUUUCAAUGAGGCAAUAGACUUUGUAUUGGUGGAGUUAAGAACCCGGUUUAAUGACAAAUCAAUGGAACUCCUUUCUUUGAGUGCUUCAUUGGAUCCCAAAAAUUCAUAUGAGUCAUUCAAUGCUGAUGCUAUUUGUACUCUUGCAAGGAAGUUCUAUCCCGAAGACUUUAGUAGUCAGGAUAUUCGUGCUUUGGAAUUCGAGCUGCAACACUAUGUUCAUGAUGUGAUUCCUGAUACCAAGUUUCAAGUAGCUACACUUGUUGAACUAUGUGAGGAGUUGACUAAGAGCAGAAGAUCUGAUUCAUAUGUUAUGAUGAGCAGAUUGAUUCGUCUUGUAUUGAUCCUACCUGUUUCUACUGCAACAGCAGAACGGUCAUUUUCUGCCAUGAAACUUCUGAAGACAACACUCCGCAACAAGAUGGCGGAUGACUUUCUUGCUGAUUGCAUGAUGCUUUAUAUUGAAAGAGACCUUACUCUUAGUAUAGAUGUAGACUAUAUUGUUGACGAGUUUUUUGCUUCAAAGCCUCGUCGAGGACAAAUUUAGUGAAGAAUUCUUAUAUUUGAUAUUGUUCUUAUUAUGAAAAUUUUUAAUGUAAUAAUAUUAAAGUGUUUCAGCCCAGCCCAACAUGAAAUCCUGGAUCCGCCCCUGAAAUGCCCCCAACAAAUAGAAGAUGAUAAUUUUAUUAGCAGAACCUAGCUUAAAUUAUAAAAUACAUUUUAAUUUUCAAACAAAUUUAUUAUUCAAAUGCUAUUCUUAAAUUUUUAGUUUAUUUAGUAAAAAAAGAAGCAAACAAUGUAAAUUAAAAAACUGAACUUCUCACUCUACUUCUAGCGCACACACGAAACCUCCUUCCAGGAUCGUUAUCAGUCCAAGAAGUUAGAAGAGAAACCUUUUUACCACAAUCACACUCCAUAAACUUUUCUCUGAUCGAGAGCCGUUACUAGCAGAUUUGAAGAAUAACUCACUCUCUCGACUUAGUUCAGGAGAAAUCUUCAGGUAGAGUUAUAUGUUCUUCCCCCUUCUUGCAGAUCCGAUAAUAGGCUUGGUAUGGUUGUGCACGCACUUAGCGAAGAGCUUUCGUACUCUGGUUUUUUAACUCCAGCUAAGGGCCAAUAUUGAGUCAGCACGUGAGUUCCAAAUAAUAUACCAUGUGGCAGGUGAUGUGUCUUUUUCCGACGAAAUUGAUAAGUUCCGGCAGAGAAGGACCAAAAUUGCACCAACUUAUUAAUUACGGGAUGUAAAUUGCAAGUUAAUAAAGUUACAGGACCAAUAUCGGAUAUAGCUAUUAGUUAUGAGACUAAAUCAACAAAUUUCCCUAAAAGGAUAGGCCGGAGUAUAUAUCUAAAGUAUUUCUUUUAGGGCAAGUCAGAUGACUCCUCAUCUAUGAUUCUGCAAUGCCUACAUAUUUCUUAUUUCAUAAAUUAUAAGUAAAUCUAACUAAUGUAUUGAACACAAAAGUUCUUGCCUAUCUGGUUCCCUAUUCAUAAAUUAGAAGUGAAUCUAAUUAAUGUAACUCGAAUCUCAUUUCCCCAUAUAUAUGUGAGUGAAAAGUAAGUGAUUUG